AUGCUCAGGAUAAAUUUCUCAAGAGCACUUUCUGCCGGCAUCUUCAACGGGGUGUCAAGGGCUACACGCAAACAAUUCUUUCCUGUCCGUAAAGAAUUCCGCGCAAUCAGCAGCACUCGCUUGAACGAGAAUGGAGCGGCGAUGAGCCCUGCCAUGAACUACGAACCAACCAUUCGCAGCAGUUCUAAGUGCCAGCGGUUGAAGCAUAAUUGCCCCGAUACGCAAGAUAUCAACUGUAUCCUUGAAGCAUUUUCUCUUAUCGAUCUUGACGAAAAUGGCGUGAUCGACCAUUCUGAAAUGCACAGUCUUGCAGUUGUGCUGGGAAAUGCGGGUUAUGGAGACGUCGAUGAAAUAAGCGAAUAUCUGAGGGAAAUCGACGUUAACGGCGAUGGCGUUAUCUCUCAGGAAGAGUUUGUGUCGUGGUGGAUGAAGAAUGGACUGAAUAGGAAGCAGAUCGAGUUCCGUGAGGCUGUGCAGGCUGUUGUCUACUCUGAGGAGUAUUACGGAGACGAUCGCUUCGACUGA